AUGUCCGAGAUUCACGAUGCCCGUCGACCCUCUCAGGCCGAGAAUCAAACUAUUCUCAAAUCUGAGAUCCCUCUGAAAGAACGCUUCUUCCGUUACUUCCAACAUGAGAUUACUGCUCUACAGGAACAGAUGGACCGUCUGGCGGAUACUUCUCUUGUGGGAGGAGAACGAGUAGAUGCGACCGAUCAUUGCCUAGCUGGCAUUGCCCGGUUGUCAAACGAAGUCAAGGAUGCAGCGAGCUAUAUUCCAACAUAUGAUCAGCGGGUAUAUGCGGAAGCGAUCAAGGCACUCCAAGAUAAACUGGCUGAGACCCGGGCUGCGGUAGAGCCACGCCCGAAGUUCAGCUUCAAGACCAAGAAGAAUGCUUCAGCAAUUUCUCUGUCCGAUGCAGCCAAUAUAGUAUAUCAAGGUCGGAGUAUGUCUGGAUACCUUUCGCCGGGGACUUCCUCAGUCGAUUCAUCGGCGGCUCAGACGCCCAACUAUCCCUCCACACCAUUGAAUGAGCCGGAUCGCAUGCUACAGCCUAGAGCAGAAAUCGCCCCGACUUCUUUCCCAGCCAUCCCGACAAUUGAUAUGGAUGAUUCUGAGGAUAAGUCGAAGAGCGAGAAGAAUAAAGCCUUUGCGGCAACUGCUGUGUCAUCUGUAUCAGUGAACAACCAUUGUGGGCUCCAUAUUAUGCUCCCGUCCUCAGGUUCCACUGCGACGGUACCCGCCUCUAUCACCUCCUUGCGCCACUGCGUUGUGGACAUGUCUAUACCAACAGCCAAUGGAAAGCCCUACGCUAGUCUGACAAUCAAGGGUGUCAGGGAGAGCUUGCUAGUUUGCGGGCAGAUCAAUGGCCCGGCUCACAUUACCGGCGUGGAGAAUAGUACCAUAGUAGUUACCUGCCGUCAAUUCCGCAUGCACAACUGUGCCAAUGUGGAUGUUUAUCUGAGCACAUCCAGCAACCCGAUAAUUGAAGACUGCACGGAUAUCCGAUUUGGCCAGAUCCCAAGAGCAUACGCUUUGGACCAUGACCGCCCGGACAGUGAAGAUCACUGGAGCCAAGUUGAAGACUUCAAAUGGAUAAAGCCGGAACCUAGUCCAAACUGGAGUUUGAUUCCUCCAGAGAGUGCUGUCCCAGAGGAAGUAUGGGCCGAGAUCGUCCCUGGUGGACCAGGGUGGUCCCUGGACGACAUCUUACGCGCUAUUAACAUUGUCACUUAGUGGCUGAAUCCAUUGUGACUGAACAUAGAUAUCGCUAUACCAAUGCAAGUAUCCGUCAUAGGUUAUGAACAAUCUGGCGAAGAUGAUGCACUUGACCAGGGACCUAUAUCCGAUAUGAUCGAUCGACAUGGUUACCAUUGUAUUGUUUUGUCCCGGUCUUUGCGAUUUAGUGAUCUCCCCUCUGUCACACGGUUAUUCGCACAUCAGCUAUUUACUUUUAAAUUAUCACAACGAGUGCUGUUUUGGACUGAACUUGGCAAAGUCAAGAUUGCAUUUAUGGAACGGGGGCGUUUUCGGCCGACUUCAUCUCUCAUCAAAUGCCGGCAAUUUCUUUUGUACUAGUACGCGGUGCAGGCAUCAGCCACAACGCCGACAAGAUGCCGGUCAUUAUAUACAUUGUUAAUCAUGUGCUUUAAUGGACAAUGCGAU